GACGCAGCGCCUCCCGCGCAAGGGGCGGAGCAUCACCAGAGCUGACCAAUUGCAGCGCGGAUCCUCCCAGCGGUUCUGAUUGAAAUUUACGCCCGAGGAGACUUUUUGCCGGGAGUUAGGGCUGGUGAUGGUUGAGGUUGCUGCUACUGGCCGGAAUCAGACUGGGCUGCAACCACAGGCUAGACGGGGACGGAGCCUCAGCUGGGAAAGGGAGCAUCUCCAAACUGCAACCUUGAGCAAGAUGCUGGCUCUGGAAUCAAUGGCGUAUCUCCACAAAGCCCUGAACUUCCUUCAGGAUCUCUUCGAAUCUGUGGGGAUUCCAGAAGACCAGAGGCUAGAGAGGACCGAAGUGGUGAAAAGCCUUUUGGACAUCAUCAUUUCAGAGGAAGAGACGAAUAAGAAGAGGCUUCUGGAAAGCAUAGCAUUGCAUCGGAAGCAGCUAGACAGUCUGUGCUUUGAAUUAAAUGUGGAACGUUUUCAGGAGGAGGAGGGCAUCACCAUUGUGCAGCUGGAGAAUGACCUGCGCCUCCAGCUGGAAGUCCGAUCAAAGCAGAAGGUGGCAAGGAUGCAGGAGCUGAGGAGGCUUCAAGAGCAAGACCGGGCCUUCUGUGAGCUCUUCCACACGCCCCCCUAUAGCAUGGAGUGGGACUCUGUGCCCAGCCUCGAGGAGCUGGACCAGUUCCGAGGCUACCUGGCCACUCUGGCUGAAACAGAGGCAUUCAGACAGGAGGAAUUUGGCAGAGCAAAGAGACAGAUACUUUUCCUUACAGAAGAGUUAAAUUAUACUCCAGACAGCAGUUUUGAGAAAGAUAUAUUAUGUGAAGAUGAAGAUAUCUCUGAUUUGUCACUGGAAAAACUUGCAGCUUUGCAUGACCUGCUACAUCAGUUAGAGACGCUGAGAACUGAGAAUGAGAUUGUGUGUGAAGAACUACAUUUUCAAAUCCAAAAGCUCUGGGACAUCUUGCAAGUUCCUUAUGAGGAGAGAAAAGCCCUGGCUACACUCAUGACUAGAUCAGUGGCCAAGAGGAGAAAAGCACUUCAAUCAGAAGUAGAUCGGUUGGAAAAGCUACGGAUUCAGAACCUGAAAAAAGUGAUUGAACCAAUCCGAAAAGAGCUGGCUCUGUAUUGGGGAAAGUGCUUCUACAGCCAGGAGCAGAGAGACGCCUUUACCCCCUACUAUGAUGAAGACUACACGGAGACCUUGCUCCAGCUCCAUGAUACCGAGGUGGUGCAGUUGAAACAUUACUACGAGGUGCACAGGGAGCUCUUUGAAGGCAUCCAGAAGUGGGAAGAAAAUUGGAAACUUUUCUUGGAGUUUGAGAGGAAAGCUUCGGAUCCAAGUCGUUUUAUAAAUCGUGGUGGAAAUCUCCUGAAGGAGGAAAGACAAAGAGCCAGGCUUCAAAAAACUUUCCUCAAGUUGGAAGAGGAGUUGAAAGCACAGAUUGACCUGUGGGAACAAGAGCAUUCAAAGACUUUCUUGGUGAAUGGGCAGAAAUUCAUGGAGUAUGUGACGGAACAGUGGGAGAUGCAUCGUUUGGAGAAAGAGAAAGCCAAGCAGGAAAGACAUUUAAAGAAGAGUCAACAGAUAGAAGUUGAAAUGUUUUAUGGCAGUGCAUCUAAAAUUCCUAGCAAGAGGGAAGGCCUGGGAUCCAAAAUGGCAGGCAGAGCUCUCAAGACAUUGAAUGCCAGCCCACAGGAGGCCAACAGAACCUUUGAAUUGGAUGAGACAAUUCUGAACAAUGGAUGUUCUCAACUAUCCCCACUCCAGAGAAACUUCCAGAUUGAUUCGGUUGCCAGAACCUAUUCUGCAUUUUCGCAAGAAUUUUCAGAGGCCUCCAAAUCGGUUGACAAUUCAGAAGUUUUCAACUCUACCAAUCUAUAAGCCUGAAAAGAAUCUACUCCAUCAUCGACCAAGCUAUGGGUUUCCCUGUGUUUACACUGGGGUGCUUUUGACAUCCCUAUAAUUCAGGUUUGUUCUCACUGGAGAAAGCAUUUAAAUCAGUGAUUGGAUUCCACAAAAUGUCUGUGGCUUCUCCAAGGGGUAGAGCCACAAACAGUAACGUUUAUUUACUUUGAUUGUGAUGUGGUAGAAAAAGCCUUGAACUUGGAGUUCGAAGAUCUGCGUUCAAAUUCUACCUCUGCCACGUGCCAGCUUUGUGCCAUGGGGGUAGUUAUUUUUAACUUCUCUGCACAUUAGUCGUCUUAUUUGUUCAAUGGGAAUAACUUACAUCUGCCUACUUACCAAGCCUCUUCAGAAGAAAGUAAUAAAAUGCCUUAUAAGCAUUUGUUGUUGAAAUAAAUGAGUUUUUAAAAAAAAAAUAAAAUAAAACUAGUUAAUGUAUUGGUGAAAGAGAAAAUGUUGGUAUUUUUCUGUAGGAUUUGUUAUUGAAUAAGGUGUAAAUAAAUAUCUUUAAGGUGGGAAA